AUGGCACGGCUUUUCGUUUCCUCUGCGCUGCUCGUGGCAGCAGGUCUCGUCUGCUUGUCAGGUGCGGACGCCAAGGGCGUACCUCCGCCUCCCCCCGUGCAAGAAGUUUGCGAGACAGUCCCAUACCAGGUGCAGUCGACUUGCUACAAGGAUGUAACGAAGAAGAAAGCGUACUCGUGCCCGGAGACCAUGGAAAAGGAGGUCUGCAAGAACGUCCCCGUGCAAGUUCCAGACACCUGCUACAAGCAGACCAUGCAGCGCGUGCCCUACUCCUGCCCGAAGACGCAGUACAAGACGGAGUGCUACGAGGUGCCCAACACAUGCACGAAGACCGAGUACGCCACAGAGACAUACGAGUGCGGCAAGGAGGUUUGCAAGACAGUCCCGGUCCAGGUUCCCGACACAUGCUACAAGACCGUUAUGGAAAAGGAGGCAUAUCCGUGCACCAAGACCAAGGCCGAGCAGUUCUGCACCGAAGUCCCGUACACGGUCAACAAGACCUGCUACAGGGAAGAUAGCAAGACAGUCCCCUACCCCUGCACGAAGACAGAAUACAAGAAGAAGUGCCGCCAGGUGCCGUUCCAAGUGGACAACACCUGCUACAAGACCGUCAUGAAGCCCGAGGAAUACAAAUGCACCAAGACAAUUUACGAAGACAGCUGCAGCGAUGUCGCAGUCCAGGUCCCCGACACCUGCUACCGCGAUGUGGCUCAGAAGAAACCCUACAAAUGCAAGAAGACUCUCACCAAGAACCAGUGCACGAAGGUUCCGGUACAGGUGCCCAGCACUUGCAGCAAGACCAUCAUGACAAAAGAGGCGUACGAUUGCUCCAAGACGGAGUACCGUACGGAGUGCACUGACGAGGUUGAGCAGGUGCCCUGCAUGGGCAAGGAAUGCAAGCUGCGCCAGCUGAAGAAGAAGCGCGUGUGCCGCCAAGUGCCCUUCACGAGCAAGAAUGUGUGCUACAAAAACGUGCCGACUCAGCAGACCUACAAAUGCAGCAAGACCGAAUACCAGGAGCAAUGCGAGGAAGUCCCGUAUGAAGUCCCUGACACGUGCUACGAGACCGUCCAGGUGAAGCAGCCGUACAAGUGCUCCAAAACCGAGUACAAGCAGUCAUGCAAGAAGGUUCCAGUGCAGGUUCCCGAUGUGUGCACGCGCCAAGUGCCUACUCAGGAGGCCUACUCUUGCCCGAAGACUGAGUACCGACAGGAGUGCGAAGACGUCCCUGUCCAAGUCCCAGACACUUGCCAUAAGCAAGUCCCGACAAAGGUUCCGUACAGCUGCCCGGAGACCAAGUACCGCACAAAGUGCGAGACAAAGAUGGUGCCGUUUGAAGAGACCUGCUACAAGUCUGUGCCGCGCAAGCAACCGUACAAGUGCUCGAAGACCACCAUGGAAAAGCAGUGCGAAUACGUUCCGAAGACCUGCAGCAAGCGGGUGCCGACCCAGGUGGAGUAUUCUUGCCCUAGGAAGGAAUGCAAGAAGGUUCCUUUCGAGGUCGACCAGACAUGCUAUAAGAACGUUCCCACCAAGGAGUCUUACAAAUGCUCCAAGACAGUCAUGGAAAACCAGUGCUCUACUCAGUCGUACACUGUGCCGAAGACUUGCUACCGUGAGGAUGUGAAGCAGCAAGCGUACCCUUGCUACGAGACCAAGUACAGGACUCAGUGCAAAUCGAAGAAGAGCAUGCCCGCUCCGAUUCCUGUGUCCAAGAAAAUGCCCAUGCCGGUUAUGACCAGCAAGAAGGGAAUGUAA